UUUCAGGAAAUACCUUGAAGUUAAAUUAUUUCUUGUCGAAAAUGUGUUUGCAUGUGACGCUGUAUGAAAUAAUGAUGCUUUUGCUGCCAAAGCAAAAUUUGAGCAUGCUGUAACCUAACCUACCAAAACCAUUUUUAUAUAUGGAAAGAGUCGACUAUCCGUUAUUAUAAGGUGUUAUGCAACUAAUGCGUGAGGACGGUGCGGUUGGGCAACUCGAGCCGUUCUCUGUACUCUGAGCUCUAACAUUAGCUACAGUGCUAACACACAGCCGAGCGACUGAUUCUUGACAAACUAGUUUAUCCAAUUCGGUCAGGCUUUAAUUCAGAUCGACGGUACGGUCACGAAUCUUUUUGUUUAAUCGCACGAAUACUGCCUAGACGUUUAAAACAAUGUCUUUUUCAACGGCAGCUAGGAGAUUAGUUGGUUUGAGAAUUUCGCGGAGCUCCUGGAUACUUUCAAGGGGUGCCAAUACUUCAUCGAAAACUUUGUCAUCGCUGAGCAGACUAUCUGACCCGAAUAAAGACCUCAUUCGUAAAAGAGACAUAACCUCCUGCAAUGUUGUGCAGCCUCUCAGGUCGGAAAACAAGGUGACUGUUAAUUUCAUCAAUCGUGACGGAGAAAAGAUUACAGUCAAGGCUUCCCCUGGUGACACACUAUUAGAUGUUGUUGUUCAACAAGACCUUGACAUUGAUGGUUAUGGAGCAUGUGAGGGAACUCUAGCUUGCUCCACGUGUCAUCUCAUCUUUGAAGAGGAGACAUAUAAACAGCUUGGACCAAUUAGUGAUGAGGAAAUGGAUAUGCUGGAUCUUGCCUAUGGUCUCACAGAUACGUCUCGUCUGGGUUGCCAGAUCUGCCUAACAAAAUCUCUGGAUGGCAUGACGGUGCGUGUUCCUGAGAGCUCGGCAGACAUCAGACAGUCAGAUGGCUCUGCCUAGUUUCCUUAACCACCUCGUUCCUGCCUACUUACCAUAAACAAAUGUAAAUUGAUCAUGAGAAAAGGCAAAACUUUUGCGUGAUUGUAUUGAUUGAGGUCCAGAAGAGCAUGAUUGUAUUUAGAAAGGCAUUAUGAUGUUAGGAAUCAUGGUUUUGUCCAGUCCCUUUAUGGCUACAGCACUGGGAUGUAGUUUAACAGCUCACUUGUAGAGCUACAUGGAAGUUGUGAUCAAUUUAUCAGCAUAUUUCUGACAAUAUCAAUGGAUUAUAAAAAAUGUACUAUCAAUUCUGUGAAAGUUUCAUAUAUUGAUUUACAACAAAAUGCAAAGGAACAUAUUUUCAAGAUUAAAAAUGAGAAAUUUAUGGUGAGCUAUAAGUGCAAAACACAUUAACAAACCAAAACGUAACAACAAAUAGACAAAACCAGAGACUGUGGAAAAUGGAGAACUGGAGCAUGUUUACAGUAAGAGGAAAUAUGAGCCUAAACAACUCAUGCUUCUAUUUGUGCUUCAUGUGAUGUUACUUUAGAUCAACUGUCAAUUUUGCACGACAUUAAUAUGAGGAUAUGAAUGCUGAAAAGCAUCCAAAGGAAGCUGAGUUAUUCAAAAUAAAGAAUUACUCCUUACCAGAAUUACAUAAGUAACUUUGCAUUAAAUUGAUUUUGCUAGGUUAACUAGAUAACAGCCAAUUAUUUUUCCCUAUUUUGCCCAAUCACCAACGGGCAUGUGAUGAUCAAUAAGGACUUAUCCUUUCUGUUUUGAGUUAAUGUUGACGUGUUUAUGAAUCUGCUGUUGUAUUUUUGGUUUGUUAAUGUGUUUUUCACUUACAUGCCACUGUGGUUUAGAGAUUUCAAGCUAGAGGUUUUGCCAUGGUAUACAAUGGAUUUUCUCAUACUAAUACUUUAGACAAUGAUUCACCACUUUAUAGUGUAAUAUACACUUUAUAGUUUAAACAGUAUGAUAGACCACUGACUGAUUUCAAAAUCUUGAAAUAAUCAUAUAUGGAACUUCUAAGCUAUGUUUUAAUUAAAUAUUAAAUAAA